UGAGAAACAGUGAUCUAAGGUGUGGUUUGUGGUCUCAGGCCAGGUGAAGGGAAAGGAGGUGCUCUUGUUCAAAAUGCCUUUCACAUUGUUGCCAUCUGGAAAUGCAGAUACUGUAGAGCAGUGAUUCUCAACCUUUUCUUCACCAUGGACCUUUUGGGGGUCACGGAUCAUGGCCACAGACCACCAAGACUUAACUCGAGAUUUAAAUCAUAACAUUUCUUCAAGACUUUGUGUACCCCCAGGGGGUUGAGAACCACUGCUUUAGAGCUUUUCACAUUGUAAAAAAGCUAUAUGAUAACUUGGGUUACUAGCUACAUCCAACCAGUUUGAAGAAUAGGAUUGACUUGGCUGUAAAUGGAGAGGAAUCACAUCCAUAAAGUAUAUCCUAUUCUUAAAAACUACUUUGUUCUUUCCCCACUUGUGCGAUUCUGGGGCCACUUGUACAUAAUUCUUGGGCUGCUUCCUUUAUAUCCAAACAUGGAUCAUAUCCAGAUAUUCUGGACUUUCGGAUCAUGUUCUUAAAAUCUGUAUGAGUGUGGGGGUUUCCCCCUUUUUUCUUUUCCAUUUGCCCUUUUCAAAACUUUAUUAUUGUAUUUUUUUCCUGUUAGCGUGCCCUGCCUCUCUCUUACAUUGAUUGAUCUGUGAUGUAUUUGGUUGAGGAAACAUUCACUAAAAGGCCAUUUUGACUGGAUUCACAUACAGUAAUACAUUAGUCUAAAGUGCAGUUGGCUAAUUUGUGUCUCAGUGUGUUGUGAAUUGAAGCAAGAUAAUUAAUUCAAUAGAGCUUGGUUUUAUUAAGAUGUGCAAUCAAAGUCUCUGAGAAGUCAAUACAUGUUGGCAACUUCUCUUAUUUUGGGUGGUAUUUAUUUACAAUGAGCUUUGGUUCAGGAAGUUGGGAGAUAACAUUUCUUGCUGAUCUGGAACUGAGCUUUAGAUCUUGGGUUGCUGACACCAGAUAAAGAGAUUUGCUGCUGCUUUUAUACAGUACACUAUAGUAUUGUACUGUACAGCAGUAAUUUCCUGGGAGAUUAUUGAAAGUUUUCUACAAAAAGUGAGUGAGUUGGGGGAAAAUGUUUAAACUUUUAUUUUUGAAGAGUGCAGAAAGUCUGCUGGAAAAUGUAACAAUUAUUUAUACAAUCCUAAGCAGUUCUUUGACUUGGGUCCAAUUGUUAUUAUCAUGCAAGUUAUGAAAGCUUUUCAGGCGGAAGGUAUAAAUACUAGAAGUAAAUAUAUAAAUAAACAGACAUAGGAGAGCAGUUUUGCAUCCAGCUAAAAUUCUGUCUAAUCCAACAUCCUGUUUCUAAAGUAAGCCAGCCAAAUACCAUUUGGAAAAAUUGCAAGGGAGACAAAUAAGAACUCCUUUGCACUAAUGUUCAUCAGCCUUUAUCCUGAGAACCCUGUUGUACUUUCUACUGGAGAAAAUGUAUAGCCAUCACGAUUAAUAGCUAUUAAUAACUUACUCUCUAUGAAUAGGCCUAAUAAUCUUUUAAAGCUAUUCAGCUUUGUCUUUAUCACUUGGAAUAGUAAAUUCCGUGGCUUAAGCAUGCAGUAUAUAAAGGAGUCCUUUCUUUUAUUUAUCCUGAUUUGAAAAGAUUGUUAUGGAUGUUUUAUUCAUCUGCUUUCUUCACAAAAAGCCUGAUUUUAAUGCUGCUUGUUGCUUCCCCAUAAACCCUAUUUAGUUUUUUUUAGCAGCUAGUAGUGGAAUCUAGUUCAGUGAUGGGUUGCUACUGGUUCACCCCAGAUCGGCUCACCCACCCGGACGCUUCUGCGUAGAAGCAUUGCACAUGCGCACGAGCACACGCACACGAGCAAACUGGUAGCAAACUAAAUUGAAACCCACUACUGAUCUAGUUGUAUGGUAUUUUGAAAUUUGGAAUGACAUGGAUAUAUAAGGCUCUAAAAUUAUGGAAUAAAUGUGGGUUUUGUGAAAGAAACAGAACAGGAAUGGAGGUUAUGGCAAGUUAGCAUAAACUUUUGCUUUUGGUAUUUUUGGUAAUUCCUUUUGGUAUUUUCAGAUUUUGUCCUCCAGGAGAAUUGACCCAACAUUUCUGCCACUUGUUUUAUUUUGGGGAAUAUAGGCUAAGGACCAAAAUGGGUGCCUAGAGCCUUGCAGAUUUUACUCCUUACAAUUCGAAGCACCUCUCCUCAAAAUCUGGGCCUCAGACCCUUUAUUUUCACAGCAGGUUCACCCUCAACAGGAUUCACAAAAUCUUGGCAAGGUCCUUAAGACAACAGAAGUUAUAAAUCUUUAUAUUAUGGGAUCCUUUGGGUCUGUUGUUUAUGCAGUUUAAGCUUAUUGAGAAGAGAGAGGAGUUAAGAUGGCAGUUUUUCGCUACUUUAUCAUUGUAAUUUCUAGAUAAAGUUGUUUUGUAAAUAAAUCCAGAAAAUUGUUUACUGACUAGUACUAGUUUGGAAAGGCUGACUAUUUACCUGUUGCGAGGCUAGUAAAAGAAAGUGGCCUAUUAUUUAGCUGUCUACUUUUUGUUUCCAUGCUGGUCAUGGAAGAAUACACUUCCAGUUUCCCUUAGAUAAUAUGAAACCACAUAGGUAGGGAUAUAAUCAGCCCACUCAUUCUUGUCAGCCUGAUUAUUUACCCAUAUGGAAUUAAUGGAACCCAUACCUCGCCAGUGAAGCUGUUCAUUUCAAGUUGGAAUGUGUAGUGCAUUUCUGUAAAUUAUUAAGAAGGAAGGGAUUCCAAACAGUAAAGCUGAAGGAUGCCAUCUGAAGUGUGCCUCAGUAUUCAAGAUAUGCUGACUGGUCAGAGACUUUGCCAAUCCAGUUCUCACAAUGAUGCUGUCCUGGCAGCUCUGAACCAACAAAGAAAUGAUGGGAUACUCUGUGAUAUAACUCUAAUUGCUGAAGAACAGAAAUUCCCUGCUCACAAGGCUGUGCUAGCAGCAUGCAGUGACUAUUUCAGAGCAAUGUUCAGUCUUUGUAUGGUUGAAAGUUGUGCAGAUGAAGUGAAUUUACAUGGCAUCACAGGAAUAGGUUUAAAGCAAGCUCUGGACUUCGCGUACACCGGACAGCUUUGUAAAAAUGACAUCAAGAAAUAUCGCUUUGUGAAGUUCCAUGGGAAGUAUGGGGAACUGAAGAUAACCUUGACAAAGAACAAGGUUCUGCUUGAGCCAGGAGUGAUUCAGGAUGUGCUUGCUGCAGGUAGCCAUCUCCAGCUGCUGGAAAUGCUGAGUUUAUGUUCACACUAUCUUAUCCAGGAGUUAAAUAGCUUUAAUUACUUGGAUCUCUAUAAACUUGCUGAUCUUUUCAACCUAAAUCUUCUGGAGAAAGCCGUGGUUGAUUUUUUAGUGAAACAUCUCUCAGAACUACUAAAUAACCACCCCGAUGAAGUCCUUGCGCUGCCAUAUUGUCUCAUCCAAGAAGUUUUUAAAAGUGAUCAACUCACGUCACUCAGCGAAGAACAAAUCUGGCAGCUAGCUGUGAGAUGGCUAGAACACAACUGCCGAUAUCAGUACAUGGAUGAACUUCUACAGUACGUUCGAUUUGGGCUUAUGGAUGAGGAUACACUGCAUACGGUUGCUCUCUCACACCCUCUUGUCCAAACUAGUGAAACGGCAAUAGCACUGAUCAAUGAGGCUUUGGUCUAUCAUCAAAGUAUCUAUGCACAGCCAAUUUGGCAGACCAGAAGGACGAAACCUCGCUUCCAGUCAGACACACUUUACAUCAUAGGUGGAAAAAAACGGGAAAUAUGCAGAGUUAAAGAGCUGCGAUACUUCAAUCCUGUGGACCAAGAAAACGUUCACAUUGCAGGGAUUGCAAACUGGAGUGAGCUGGCUCCCAUGCCAGUAGGAAGAAGCCACCACUGCGUGGCUGUAAUGGGAGAUUUCCUCUUUGUAGCAGGCGGUGAAGUUGAACAAGCCACUGGCCGCACAUGUGCAGUACGGACUGCUUGUAGAUAUGAUCCCCGUAACAAUUCCUGGGCAGAAAUAGCUCCGAUGAAGAAUUGCAGGGAGCAUUUUGUACUUGGGGCUGUGGAUGAAUUUCUCUAUGCUGUGGGAGGCAGAAAUGAGCUACGUCAAGUUUUGCCAACUGUUGAACGAUACUGCCCUAAGAAGAACAAAUGGACUUUUGUUCUGUCCUUUGACAGGUCCCUUUCCUGUCAUGCAGGAUGUGUUGUGGAUGGUCUUCUUUGGAUAUCAGGAGGAGUGACAAACACGGCGCAGUAUCAGAACAGGCUAAUGGUGUAUGAUCCAACCCAGAAUAAAUGGCUCAGUCGCAGCCCCAUGUUGCAGAGGAGAGUCUACCAUUCCAUGGCUGCUGUUCAAAGGAAACUCUAUGUUUUAGGGGGCAAUGAUCUAGAUUACAACAAUGACAGAAUUCUUGUCCGCCACAUAGACUCCUACAGCAUAGAUGCUGACCAGUGGACCCGGUGUCAUUUCAGCAUGUUGACAGGUCAGAAUGAAUCUGGAGUGGCUGUACACAAUGGCAGAAUAUAUUUAGUUGGUGGCUACUCAAUUUGGACAAAUGAACCCUCAGCAUGUAUCCAGGUGCUAGAUGUUAGUAAGGAAGGAAAAGAAGAAGUUUUCUAUGGGCCUUCUCUGCCUUUUGCUUCAAAUGGAAUUGCAGCCUGUUUUCUUCCCGCUCCUUAUGCCACAUGCCCAAAUCUGCAGCCUUUGCAAGUGCCUCAUCAUAAGAUGGGCAAUGUAUGAGAAAAGGAACCUGGUCACAAGAGAACAAGCUACUUCAUUCAUCCUGAUUGUGUCUUUACAUCAACAAAAUUGAAUGGUUGUGGAAUCUAACCUUGUAUUAAGUGCAGUAGAAGCCAAAAAGCAACAAAAGGUGGCAGAAUUACACCGGUCUCUGGUCUUCAAGUGGCUUUGACCAUGUUUGCCUAUUAAGAAUCUUUCUCCAAGUAUUCCGAAAAGCAUUUUUUUGCACUUUAAUCCCUUGCUCCUGUUUUUGUCAUUUUCACUGCCUUGCAAAAAAGUAUACAAAGGAAAUUUAAAGAAUUCUACCUUUCAAAAUGUGGGCUAACAAACUACAAGGCGCUUGGACUGUUGAAUUCUUGAAGGUUUUUUCUUGGGCUUUGUCCUUGGAAUUAGAAAUGUUGAAAAUACAUACUGUUGUGUCAACAACUUUUACUUGCAAAGGUGCUUGUAACCUACUGGCUAUUUCUCAUACUUGCCUCACAGAUCAGACAGGGGCUAAAAACCGGAGUCACGUAGAUAUAGUUUUACUUGUAGAAAACGCAGACAUGUGACACUAUAAAGGAAGUCUCAUAAAGCCGGAGUGACAACAGACUUGCUACUUGGACCAUGUAUGUUACCUUGCAUUGUUGUUUCCUAAGUGAUGUCUGGAAACCAUAAUUUUUUUAACGUGUUGGAGAAAAUAAAAGUUUAAUUUUACCAUUUUUAGUUUUAACAGCUAAUACCUAAACAAUAUCCUGAAUUUUUAAAAUUAAAAAGCUUGUUUAGGAAACAAUACUUAUCAAGCUUAUCAGAAUAAAUUUUAAAGGAGUAAAACUAAGGGAUUUACAAAGAUGUUGAAUUUAAAUUGAUGUAAAUUUAAGAGGAUCUGUUUCAAGUUUGAAAUGAACUAGAUCAACCAAUCCCAGAAGUGAUUCGAGCACAAAGACUUUUAGGAUGAUAAAUUGCUCAUUUCAAAUUUGGAGGGAAAAAAAAUUGAAAUCAAAACAGGGAAUUUCAAUUUUAUGUGAAGCGUUUUGCAUACCACUGUAAAGCUGAUUGCUGCAUGUUCCAAGUUUUCUCCAAAAGGAUUCAAAAUACAUCUGGCUGGACAAUUAUGAUUUUUCUUUUCCAGCUUUUGAAGAUAUUUUGUGUAGUUACUAGAGAUCUAUGAUCCAGUUUUUAAGUUUUCAUAACCAAAAACACUAAAGGCAAUAUUUUUGUUACUUGGUUACAUAUUAUUUUAGGCUUCUGUUGUUUGAUAUAUCAUUACAGCCAAAAAACAAGCUACGACCAAAGAAGUGUACCAAGAAAUGCAGUAAGUGUAAGAUUGGCUGGGUAUUCACUUCACAAGCAAUGAAAACAACAUUCCCAGUGCUUUCUGACAAUGAAGAAACCCAACUUAAUUUACAACAGCAGUUGGCAAUCUUCUAAAUUGCUAAUCGUAUGCAAUUUUGGUAACCUGUACCUGAAAAUGUAGAAUUAUCAUCCACAAUUUUACACGUUUUGGCAAUUAUAUAUUUAGAUUUUUCAAAACCAAUAAUUUGAUAUCAAGCAAGGGGUGUGUGAAAUUUCAUGAAAGCCAAAUGUCAUAAUUAGCAAUUAAUAACUUUAGCAUAAACGAAACACAGGAAAUGAAGUAAUCUUGAAACUUAAAUCAAAAUGGGUGAAUUUAUGGAGAUUGAGGGUGGGAAAUGCCAUAUUACUUUCCUGACAUUUCUCUAUAGUCAGGAACAUUGUGAUUGGCCAGACAUUUGGUGCAUGGAACAUUCCCCUUUCCCCAAGUUUCUUUGACAGAUAAUUUUUCCCCCCAUCUUGAAGCACAGCAGCCAGCUUUACAUCCAACUAUCAUAUCUACCAUAGAUAUAAAAACAUGCCACUACUUGAAUCCUUAAGAUACCAGGGACUGAACCUAAAUCUUCAAAUAACUGACACACAUUCUCUUCAAGGAGCAAUGAUGAUUAUAAAAAAAGAGGGUAAAACAUGGCUGUAAUUUCCUAUUUAUCCCCUUUUCAAGAAGUAUUAGUAUGAGGCUUGAGCUCAUUCUGAAAAAUCAUGCAUGUCUCAUGAUAUUUCCAGUUGUUUAGGCAUUAUAAUUUCAAAAUAAUGUAUUCUGAAUUUUUAAUUCAUUCAAGAGUCACUUAGGUGAGAGGGGAAGUAUAGAAAUGUGAUGAAUAAAAUAACUAAAACGAAUGCCUGAAUCUUGAAGAAAAAAAAAAAAUAGGAAACUGCCAUUUUACACUUCUCACAAUCUAUUUUAAUAUAUGCAGGGUAUCUACAGUAAUAUUUUUUAUCAUUAAUAACUUCAUGACCAAUUUCUUACAUAUUUUGACAUUUAUUUGAAAGAGAUACCAUAUUGAUAAUUGUGUACCCACUGCAAAUUCGUAACCUGCAUGCUUGAAUAUGCUGAGGUAUAAAACAAAUCAAAGAUGAAGAAUUUCAAACAAAUGUGCCUCCAUUCAACAUUACUGGCAUAUGUGCAUAGUCUACAAUAAAAAUAACAUUUUUCAC